AGAAGAAGGAGCUUGGCCCAUGGGAUGCCCGAAAGUGAGUGAUGUGCAGAGGACACAGCAUCUGGGACAUCCUCUGUAGCCGUAAUUCCAAGUGUUUGUGAUCAUGUUUUCGGAUGAGCGAAAAGACGGGAGCCCCCGCUUUGGGAAACUUCACUUUCCCAUGGGGCUGUGGAUCAACUCACCAAAGAAGCAUUUUGCAAAGUUGGGACGUAGGUGGCCAAGCGUGGGGUCCGUCAAGUCUACGUCCUCAGACACUGCCAGUCGUGGCAGUGAACCUGUGGAGAUGCGCCCAGCCAAGAAUAAGGCUGCGCGGCACAAGAGGCUUUCAACUUUCUUCCAGCGAAGUGGGGUGGGAGGGCCCACUGGUGGGGCUGGAGGCCGCUGGGCCAGUGAGAAGAAACUAGCGGAUCUCAUUGACCCCCUGCCUGAAGAACGAGUCAAGCCCCCGUCUCAGGGAGAAGUGCCAGGAGUCCUGAAAAUUUACGGAGGUGACAUCUCCAUGGGUGCCAACUAUAAGAGUGUGCUGGCAACCGCACGCUCCACUGCCCGCCAGCUGGUGCGGGAAGCUCUGGAGCGCUAUGGGGUGACACAACCUAAUGCUGAAGAGGCUUAUGUGUUGUGUGAUGUUGUGGGCCGGGUUCAUGGCAUGGAUAGCUCCUGGCAGGCCCAGUAUCUUCGGGCAGUUGGCGAUGGUGAACGGCCACUGGUGCUGCAAGAUGUGUGGAAGCCCAAAACUGGUUUCACUCGACGCUUUGAGAUUCGCCGCCGAUGUGAUGUAGAAAGGAUGGUCGAGGGAGAGGAUGAAGAUGGAGGCGGUAUUAACUCUCAGUCACGCCGGCAACAAUCUCGACGCUCCCGGGCUGCCUCGGGGGGCCACGUGGGCCCCAAAGAGAGAGCAGACAACCUCUCGCUCCGGCGCAGCAUCAGUGAGAUGAAUCUCAGCACUAAGCGCCGCAAGGACCGCAAAGGAGUGCUUAGCAUGGCAGUUGGUGAACCGGUGGAAGGGGGUCCAGUGGAGGAAUCACGGUUCAAGGCAGCUGAAGAGUCGGAGGGCAACCCAGCUCCUUCAGCUUCUGAAGAGGAGGCCAUGGAUGUGGCCAGCCUUGAGCAGCUUACUCAAUGCCUCAUACAGCCCCCAACUGAGCACCCCUAUUUCCUGCAGUUACUGGGCUACAAUGAAAAGCAGGAGUUUGUGAUCCACGUGAUGACACGUCGCCGCCACAUCUUUGGACGCCCUGAGCGUCGCCCAGCUCCAGACCAAUCGAGUUUUGUGGACACCUUCCUGAAUGCCCCUGACAUCUUGCCGCGGCACUGCUGUGUGGUAUCCUCAGUGCCCCCUGCAGAUCCCAGCCAGCCCCGGAGUUCAGCCAUGGUGCGGCCUUUCCGGGGAGCAUCUAUCACCCACAAUGGUGCCCCGCUCCAUCGCCAGGUGGAGUUGGCCCCUGGAGACUUGCUGGGCAUGGGGCAGUACUUCCUCUUCAUGUACAAAGAUCCAAGAGCUGCCACUGCUCCUCCAGCUUGGCUACCCAAAACCUGGGUGUCUCCAGGGCUGGUGGGGGCCUUGGCUUGCCAGGCAUGUGGUCGGUCCCUGCAGGAGCGGCAGGAGGCAUUCAGGGCCUAUCUCAAGAGCCGAGAACCUCAGCUCCGCUACCGCCCCCAAGAGCAGGAGGCCCUUUUGGCUGAAAUUGUGCGGCUGCAGGAAACAUCCACUUGUAAGCUGGGACCUGCCUUCCUCUUUGGGCUCUGCCUAGAGCACGCUGCUCGGGAGCUGGAGCCAGGCCAUCUACCCAGAUUGAUAGCCAGGAUCGCUCAAUUGGUGAAGGAAGCUGUUUGGGGCAAGAUCAAAGAAAUCAGAGAUAGACAACCAGAAAACCAGCAAGAUAAAGGAGAAGUAGGAAACCUCAGCAUUGAGGAAGUGGCAGCUGACUUGCGUCCUCUCAUGCUUUGGAUGGCUAAUUCGAUGGAGCUACUCAACUUAGUGCAAAAAAGAGUCCUAGACAUUGAGAAAGAUCUGGAUUUGGAAGGAGUUUCACACAAUGCAUUACUCUCCAGUGACCUGGAGACCUGUGAUGAAGCCAUGGCUGUCUUAGAUGAAAUCAUCAUGUCCACAUUCCAGCAAUCUGUGUACUACCUCACUAAGACUCUAUACUCGGCCCUUCCUGUCUUGCUAGACAGUAACCCCUUCACAGCCAUCACCGACCUGUCGCAUGUGCCUGAGCUAAGCAGCAUGCCAGAGGAAAUCCGAAAGACCCUGUCCAUCUACCAGGCAACUCUUGAACUCACCCGUGACUGUGACUUGCACCCUGUCCUUGUUUCGCAGACCUUUGGAUACCUCUUCUUCUUCUCCAAUGCUUCACUGUUCAACACCAUCAUGGAAAGAGGUGGCUCCCAGUCUCUCUUCCAGUGGGCCAAGGCAGUGCAGAUCCAAACCAUCCUGGAUCUCGUCCUAGACUGGCUGCAAGGAAUUGGCCUUGGGGACAUCGCCACAGAAUUCUUCCAGAAGCUCAGCAACACAGCCAACCUGUUGUGCGUGCCCAAAAACAACUUGCUUCAGGCAUCCUGGUCCCGCCUAAGAAAUGAUUAUCCAGCACUGACACCAGCCCAGCUCCAGCAUGUGCUCAGAAAUUACCAACUGGGACCAGGCCGUGCAUCUCCUGAAUGCUGGAACCCACCUGAGAAGGAACAAGAUGAGAUUGCACACAGUGAUAUAUUUGAGAGUUUCACCGACCAUCCUCCCCUCAUUCUUCCAUGUGAUGGCUUCCGCUUGUCUCUGUCAGAGCCUGUGUCAGAUGAUACUCUUCAUCGCCAACUGGUGCGCUUGCGCCGUUUUCUUUGGGAGCUGGAGCGUGAAUCUCUCCCAGCCAAUCAGAGAGCAGUAUAUGGGCUGGAUCCCAGCCAAUGAAAAGAGGUGCUGAUGCCAAUAUUCAAAAUGGUGCUUUGACCUCGAGAGGCACUUUUCAUAACAGACUCUGGUGGGUCAGGCUGUAUGGAAACCCUCUAUCUGAUUCUGGGAAAUGCAGAAUCACCUGAAAUAGCUCUUGCUUCUUUGCAUGCAGAAUGGUCUGGGAAGAUCAGCGGUUGCCCUGGUAUCCAAGGUCAGAAAGAAUAAAUUCUUUGGCUUCUGUUCCAGCCAUACCAUCUGGUGACAGGUGUUGACUUCAAGGUGCAAUUUGGAAAUGUCUUUGAAAGAGGACUAACUUCAACCCUAGGUUAUUAUUUUUGGCCUUAGAUAAGACUGUUUGUAGCAAACUCUGUAUUCUUC